AUGGCAAUUGGCAAGACACAGCCCGCAGAAGAGCGCGUCUAUGAGCCGCAAAUUACACACCUUUCAGACACAGAGGACUCACAGUCUGUGAUUCUCGAGCCCUAUCACGUCGAUCUACUCCCCGAAUAUGACUACGUCAGUCGUGAGUAUUUGAUGAGUGGCGUGGCUGCUGGCGAGUCUUACUGCACCCGCCUUCUCCUACGAUGCCCUGCAGACUCAGCCCAGUUUAGUGGUUUGGUAGUGGAAGAGCCGUCGCAUCUCUGGGGAGGUACAAGCAUCUGGCGCCAUAUAAACCGUUGGUUAAUGAGAAAUGGACACGCAUGGCUCGAAGUUGAUUCCCAGUCUCCUUCAGCGAUUGGCAAGAUCAAGAAUCUCGAUCCCGAGCGAUACAAAAACAUGCAUUUCAUUCCAGGACCCCUCGCAGAUGAGUUUAUGGAUACCAUACCAUUCAUGACAACUGUUACCCGGGAGACGUUGGAGCAGUCAUACAUUGAUUUUAAGAAACAGUGGUGGCCGGCCACGACGCAAUCUCCAGAGAUUCUUACAGCGGCUUCUCACGUUCUCCGUUCCGGGCAAUUGGGCAUCGCAGCCACCAGAGUAGUCUUGACGGGCUUGUCCCAGACAGGAGGCGUUACUCGGCGAUUCAUUACGCAUUCACCUCACCUCAGACUGCCUGACGGCGGUCUCCCGUUUGAAGCUUUUAUUCCCUGUCAGUCUGGUGGGGAAGCUUUACCAGAUGUUCCACGAGCCAAGAUCAUUGAACUUCUAGGCGAAUCGGAAUUCCAAUCUGUUCGUCUGCCGUGUGGAGUUAGUGGCCAGAUUAUCGGCGUCUCUCAUCGGCGAGCUGACAGCGAUUCCUUCCGGCUUUAUGAAAUAGCAGGCAUGGCUCAUCGCGAAUCUCGAUAUCCUUCCGACAUUGAUAAGAAGCGAUGGUCAGUAGCCGAGCUCAAUGGGGCAAAAUGGAGCACUUUUCCCAACUCUUUCAUUUACCAUGCUGUGUUCGAGGCCAUGGAGCGCUGGACGAGUGAUGAGGCUGUUGCUCCUCCUUGUGGAUCUACUAUACAAACGAUUGGAUUGAGCGAUGAGAUUGUCCGGGAUGAACAUUGCAAUGCAGUAGGAGGAGUGAGAUCGUUGUAUACAGACGUGCCAUUGUCACGUAUUGUUGCGGCUACCCCCAAGGGCCGACCAAAUUGGUACUGUGGUUCUGAGUGGUCCUUUACGUCUGAAUCUCUACAAAAGCUGUAUGGCACGGUGGCCAAUUAUCGGCGUCUUGCCGGACUGGCGAUUAAAAAGCAAAUACAAGCUGGCUUUUUACUUCCAGAGGAUGCUGAAGUACUUCGACGAGAAACCGUAGAAAAUGUUAUAUUUUAA